GUGCCCGCAGGAACCGGCGGCUGGGUUCCUCUGCGGCGUGCUCAGGGGAUGUUUAGUGCAAGCAGCCGCCUCAGCUCCUGCAGCGAGCCACUACCCGCCGGUGACAGCUGGGACGACAGAGGCACGGCAUGGUCUCCUCCUCAGAUCCCGUCACCAUGGAAAUUCCCCCCAAGAGCCCUGAUGGGAGUGAGAAAUCUCCUCAGUCCAAGGAGCUGAUGACCAGUAACACGGCCAGCACCCUCUGCAUCAGCUCCCGGAGCGAGUCCGUCUGGACCAGUGCAUCCAGAAGCAAGUGGGACAUAUACCACAAGCCCGUCAUUGUCGUGUCUGUGGGAGCAGCCAUCUUCCUCUUCGGGAUGGUCAUCACCAGCCUGUCUUGCAUCCAAAUCAAGAACAAAAACGUUUACAAAAUGUGUGGCCCGGCGUUCCUGUCCUUGGGACUGAUGCUCCUCGUUUGUGGCCUUGUCUGGAUCCCCAUCAUCCGGAAGAAGCAGAAGCAGAGACAGAAGUCACAGUUUCUGCAGACCCUCAAGUCCUUCUUCUUUAACCGCUGA